AUGAAUUCGCUGUUCAACUCCGCCCUGAAGCAAUCGUCCGCCAUCAGAAGGGACUUGGAUACCUUUGCCCAGUCGCCGGGCACCUCCUCGCCGGCAUUGCAAGGCCAGAUUGCCGCAUCCCUGUCUUCAUUAUCACGCACUGUCGACGACUACUCAGCCCUGUCGAAGAAGGAGCUGAUACAAGAGAAGCAAGAAAAGGCAUUUGACCGAGUCAAGAACUUCCGCAACGAACUGACGGACUACCGGGCACAAUUCGAUCGGCUGCGCAAAGAGCGAGAGGAAACACAAUCCGUCUCCAACCGCAAUGAGCUCCUGGGCCGCCGACCCCACCACGCCGUCACGCCCGAGAACCCGUACGCCCAGUCGGCACUCCCCAAUUCGUCGGCCUUUGCGCCCUCCUCGGGCCUGAGCUUUGGUGGCGGGCCCGCCGACUACAACCGCGAAUCGCAUGCCCUGCGCGAGCAGUCCUUCUUGUCCAGCACCCACAACCAGCUCGAUGACUUCCUCGACCGGGGGCGCGCCGUGCUCUCCGAUCUCGGGCAGCAGCGUGAAGUGCUCAAGGGCACUCAACGGCGGCUAUAUAGUGUGGCCAAUACACUGGGAGUUAGUGGGGAUACAAUUCGAAUGGUCGAGCGGCGCGCUCGCCAGGACAAGUGGAUUUUCUGGGUUGGGGUAGUAGUGUUUUUCUUGUUUUGCUGGGCAGUGCUGCACUUUCUGCGGUGA